GACGUCAGUACCGACCCGCUCGUAGCUCGUAGCGCUCGUGCGGCGUAGCGAUCGUAGCGAGCGUAGACCUAGUGCUGUGUUGUGCUGUGUUGUUCUGUGAAACAUGUUUUGAGAUGCGAGCAACGGGAAUUCAAAAUAAACAGCGCGUUUGAUAAUGUUCGCCUGAUCCGAUGUGUCGGACUGUGUUGGUGUAGUGAGUGAUGUGAUCAGUGAUGUGAUGGUGGCCAUUAUGCUGCCGGCGCUGCGGGUGCUGGCUCUGGCGGCCUUCGGGGUGGCGUACGCCAAUCUAAAUAAUGAUAACCUCGACAUCACACGGCAGGGCUCCAUCCGCUCCUCCCUUCUGCACAGGGGCACACCUCAACUUAACUUGCAAUCAGUAUCCAUGACACAAGUGAUAGCGGUGGCGGGCGAGCCGGUGUAUCUGCCGUGCGACAUCGCCUCCAUCGACGAAGAUGACGCCGUGCUCCUAGUACUGUGGUAUAAGGAGGAUCUCGGGACGCCGAUAUACAGUGUCGACGCCCGGGAGCGAGACUUCGGCGUGGCCGAACGCUGGUCUGACGAGAGCGUCUUCGCGUCCCGAGCAUAUUUCUUGCCGGAGCGAAGACCAGCCGAGUUAGGAGUGGACCGCGUCAAGGCUUCUGACCAGGGCAUCUACCGCUGCCGGGUCGACUUCAAACAGGCCCAGACUAGGAAUUCUAGGGUCAAUCUCACUGUCAUAGUGCCUCCGAGCAAGAUGGUGAUAACCGACGACCAGGGCGACGUGAAGCAGGCGAUCGUCGGGCCCUACGUCGAGGGGGACUCUUUUACGGUCAAAUGUGACGUCAGUGGAGGCCGUCCCCGACCAUGGGUGAAGUGGUUCAGGGAUGAAGUGGAACAGGACACGCCAGCGACGCCUCUGGUGAACAACGGGGUGCGCGGGGUGCUCCGCGUAGGGCCUCUGACCAGGGCUGAUGUGAGAGCCACACUUACGUGCCGAGCUUCGAAUCACCAGCGGGCGCACCCUAUUGAAACUACGCUCACUUUAGAUAUGAAUUUUCCUCCUCUAACAGUCCACAUACUGGGCUCGAACCAGCCUCUGUCAGCCAGCAGGCGGUACGACCUCCUCUGCCAGAGUUCAGGGUCAAGACCCCCUGCCUCCAUCACCUGGUGGAAAAACGGCCACAGGAUUAACAACGCUAAAGAAACGUUGUCAACGGAUGGCAAUACAACGACGUCAACCGUUUCACUGCUGCCGAGCAAGGCAGACGCGGGUGCGAGGCUUGCAUGCCGCGCGGCAAAUCCGGCCAUGCCGCAGGUCCCCUCUCUUGAAGAUGGCUGGACGUUAGAUAUACAGUAUAUCCCGGAGACGACAGUUCGAUUGGGCACCAAUCUGGAUCCUACUAACAUCAGGGAAGGCUCGGAUGUAUACUUCGACUGCAUCAUCAGGGCACAUCCCUAUGUCUACAAAGUUGAAUGGAGGCAUAAUGGCAAAACGUUGCUUCACAACAUCGGACAAGGCGUCAUCAUCAGCAACCACUCGCUGGUGCUGCAGGGCGUUGGGAGAAGAACUGCUGGCAACUACACGUGUGUCGGCUUCAAUGCGGAGGGCGAUGGAGAAAGCAAGCCAUUUUCCUUGGACGUGCUUUACGCGCCGACGUGUCGCAGCUCACAGCAGAGAGUGCACGGAGUAGCGAAGCAGGAGCGAGCGCACAUCACGUGCCAUGUUGACGCCAAUCCGUCUGACGUGACUUUUCGUUGGACCUUCAACAACACGGCCAACAGCAACGAAGUGAGUGACUCGUACGUGUCUCGCGCCGGCACUAGCUCGACGGUCACCUACACGCCCCACACUGAGAUGGACUACGGCACUCUACUCUGCUGGGCGCAUAACAGGAUUGGGAAACAGCGGGUGCCGUGCGUCUACCAUAUUAUUGCUGCUGGCCGGCCAGACCAAGUGCAUAACUGCACGGUGGUGAACGCGUCGCUGACGUCGUUCGGAGUCCGCUGCAUGGAAGGCUUCAAUGGCGGCAUGCCGCAGUCCUUCCUCCUGGAGGUCCGGGAGAUCGUCACACAACAAAUCGUAGCGAACGUAUCCAGCGCCGUCCCACGCUUCACGGCCGUGGGUCUCCAGCCCGGGCGUACGUACGCCGCGGCGGUUCUGGCGUACAACGCCAAAGGGAGGGGAGAUCCGUUCCCACUCCGCGCUGGGACGCUGCGGCCGCCGGAGAAGCAUCAUGUCCAUGACAAGAGCUUACAGGACUUACCCCGAACCGCCUUCCAAAUGUCCGGCACCAUGUCAGCGGCCGUGGGGGGUGGCGGCGUGCUCAUGGUUGUCAUAGUUCUCUUCAUGAUCGCCGUGCGGCAGCGCUGCGCCAAGCGCAAGCCGCGCUCUGCGCCCACGCCGACGUCGCAACCGGCGUCGCCGGACAAGCUGAGAGAGAAGGACGAUAGCGAGAGCGAUGAUAGGAACCCGGACAUUAUACCUUCGGAUACUGAUCAGAUGCAGAUGGAUUACUACCGGCAGCAGCAGGUUUCAACGAUAUCCCCACCGCUGGGCAACCGUGGGCCGCGGGGCAGCGUGGCCGGCGUCCGCGGGGGUUUGCCCGGGUACUGCCCGCUCCGCACCGCACCUCCGCCUUCGCACCCACCCAUGCACGAGUCCGGGACCGCGUCAUCCGGCAUCCCGCCGCCCGCACGCUUCGCCUCCGGCUCGUGCACGCUGCCCCGCGGCACCACGCUCGCCCCCGAACGCUGCGGCAUACCGCUGCAGCACCUCCGCACGCUGCCGCGGCCGCUGCCCGCCCCCGCGCCCCUGCCGCGGGUCACCCCCCGCGACACCCCGCUCUGACAAACAACGCAGCUGUAGGACAUGUAAAUAAUUAAGUGAGUGCUCAAGACUUUUGUUUCGUUCUGGUGACAAGUUUAGAUUUGAAAGUUUUGUAAUCAAGAAAGAUUUCGAUUACUGCUAUGGCUUUGGAUUAACAUGUCGAACAGGAAAAGGUGGAAGGAAAAGACAAGGAAGACAUACCCCACCAUCACAUGAGUAAAACCACAAGGAGAUAGAGAGAGAGAUUGGUUCUUUAAAGAAUGAAGACGCAUGUUUAGAAAAUUAUUUAAUUUAAUAUUAUAUAAAUAUUCCAAAAUAUUAUAUUUCUCCGAUGUUUUGUAUGCCGAAAUUUAAUCUAAUGCAUUUGGCAUUCUUUCCAAUACCGUAAUUUUUCUUUACUUUUGAAGGGGAUGGAUUAUUUAACGGAUUUUGCAAAGAAUGUUUUCGAUAAAAUAAAAAUAUUGUAAUGUACGACUAAAACCGAAAGGUAUGGUUUUGACUCAGUUGUGGCCAAAACCGACUAUUUAAAGAUAUUUAAAGACGAUGAAAAAAAUGUGAUGGCUUUUCUUAAACACCUGAACAAUUAAACAUUCAGACAGGCAGUACCGACCGUAUAAAAUACCGACCAAGUGCAUGUCGGAAGCCACGACUAGUCUAAUUAUCAAAGAUUAAUUCAAAUUCACUUAACAUUAUUGAAAUCCAGCCGAACGCCAUCCAAAAGUACAAUGUUGUAAGUUUCGGCGCGGCUGAUGGUUCGGUUGCGGCUCAAAAUUAUCGGACCUUUCGGUAACGGGAUUUUUAUACCGAAACCGAAAUCAAAACCGAACCGAACUUCGAUCGGAUGAUAAAAUUUGGUAACUCUAUUUGGCUAUUACUAUUGACGAAUGACGUUUCACCUGACGGAUUAAAAUGUACGGAGACUACGUAGUCUCAUAAAAUACACUCUAGCUAAUAUUACAGAGACAUUUAAAAUCUAGAAUUGUCACUUUUCAUGGACGAAAUGUUACGAGUAUGACCGAAACGAAAAGGUGUUUUUUAUUAGGUUAUAAUAUUUUAAAAGUCUAUACUUAAAUAGUUAGGGUAAAAUGAAAUAACGAAUUGUGUUACCUAAUGUAAUUAGUGUAAAUAAUGAAUUUUUUCAAUGAAUAGUUGCAUACAUUUUAAAAUUAAUAAAUCAUAUUGUAUGUAUAAUAGGAAAACAAUACAAAGUAUUGGUUUAUUGGUAUCAUAAUGUAACAGUAUUAAUUAUUUCAGUAUUAUUUAUUUUUCAGUAUAUUUCAGUAUUAUUCUUGUGGUAAAUGGUUGUGACAAUCGUAAUGUUAUCGUUUGAUACCUGAAGAGUUUUUGUCAUAAAAUUUUUAAAAAUAUCUGUUUUGUCAAUUUUAAUUUAUACAUAUUAACAAUAAAUAUAUUAGAAAAUUUAACGGGAAAUAAUGUACUUAUUCAUCAUAAUCACGAUUUGUGAUAUUGUUAAUAAUAAUGCUAAUCUACGAAUGGUUACCUUUUGUAUGAAUAAUCAUUUUCUAUGGUGGAAUGAUAAAAAGUAGGUAUUUAAAUUGUUUUUUACACUCAAUGUGCAUUACAUUGUACAUAAUUCAUUGCAAAAUUUGUAGCAUUUCCUUUGUUUUAUUGGUUCUGAAACAAAUUAAAUUCAUCCCAAUUUAAUUUAUCAAAAAUAUGACAAAUAUGCAAGGUGGGCCUUGCAAGGUUAGUAUGUCUCUACUAGGUAGGUGGCUACUCAUUAAAAAAGUAAAGAAAGAAGAAGACCCUCAUAAAUCAUGUUUGUUGACUUUAGUAAUAAAAUUCGUAACAUUAUACCGGGUGUGGCCUGCAAUACGAGCAAAAAAUUUAACUAUAGGCUGUACUCCUCAUACUGACCAACAUUUGUUCAGCGACUUUUAAAAAUUACUUGUGGUUUGAUUUUUAAUACACUUUAAAAUUUAUUCUAAGACGCAAUGUAUUGCGAAUUUUGUUA